CUCUACUCUCUUUUGGAAACAUUUUUUGCGCUGUCCGUACAUCGCAUUGUAUUCCACCAAUGAUCAACGCCAGUUUUCAGCUAAUUGACCUGGUUCUGGCGUUCCCGUAGCUUGAUUGACAUCGUCCUGCCCGAGUAAUAAAAUAAGGUUAUCUCAACCUUCUCGCAGCCAUCUCACACCCUCAAUCUUUCACUCCCACUCCCUCUUCUACCUCUCAGUAACAUACACAGAAAGUCACCCCACCCUCGUUUGUCAAUCGCUUUCAAAAGCCUGAAUCUGCCUCUCAAGCAUGCAUGCCUCCCAUGAGCCAUGAGAGCUAUCAACAAGAUUCUGCUGCAGAGAUCUUUUCGGCGCGCUGUGCUAUUGCUUGUCCUGCUGUGUACCCUAGUCUUUGCAGCGCUCGCCCUACGCCAGAAGCUUCAUCAACCAAAAAGACAGUUCCCUGUCCCGCAAGAACAAUAUGCCGCGGAGGCGAGCCAGUACCCCAGUGCAUUCAGGAACUUUGUCUCAACUUUAUCCCAUCUCACCACUCCAGAACACUACAACCACUCAGAAGUCUUAGAUGACCCUCGCUUCGGAGCCCAGCGUGGGCCUAAGAUUCCUAAAAUAUACCGUCCUUACCCAAAUUAUGAGAGUGCGCGCUGGAAAAGUUCGCAUCGUGGCAGAUAUACCCCAUGUGACGGGCCAAGGGGGAAGCCCAUAUCACAGAAUCUUGAUGACCAGGUGGGGUGUUAUGUGGGUGAUCUAGGAUUCCCCAAACCCAUGUUUGGCUCUCAUGAGGCUAUAGGAUUGAAUGGAGAUAUAUUCUUCGACCGCUACACAAGAUACGGGGCAUAUGGCUAUGGGGAGAAUGAUACGUUUGUUAACAAUUGGAAGAAACCGUCCAGGGUUAAAUGGGGCCAGGUAAACUGGGAGAAACUACAAGAGCAAUGCUUCUUGAGAAACGUAGACAGAUUCUCGACCGAGGAGGGGCUGCUUGCACAUUUACCGCGGGAUUCCCCGCGACGCCAGAUCGCGCCGGAGGCCCGUACGGCUGUUCUCCUCCGCUCAUAUGUUGGGAAGGAGUAUUCCGAUAAUGAUAUGCAAACUAUCCGGUCAUUGAUUUCGGAGCUGUCGUUGCAGUCUGGGGGCGAGUAUACGGUUAUCCUGCUGUUGCAUGUCAAGGAUGAGGAAAUCGAGAUUGAGAAGGCCGAUAUAUACCAGCAAGUUGUGCGGGAGAAUGUGCCCAAGGAAUUCUGGGGUAUGACUGUUCUAUGGAAUGCCCCUACCGUGUCAAAGCGUUACCCACACCUUGUCAAGAUGGAACUUACCGACGUCCACCGUGCCCAAUGGCACUCCGUCCAAUACUUCGCCCUUACCCACCCACAAUACGAAUUCAUCUGGAACUGGGAACUCGACUCCCGCUUCACUGGCCACCACUACGAAUUGGCUGACAAAAUCGCCUCUUUUGCCCGCUCCCAACCGCGUAGGGGCCUCUGGGAGCGGAACGCCCGCUUCUACAUCCCCGCCCUACACGGCAGCUACAACUACGGCUUCCGCAACUUCGUGCAGCGCUUCGAAAACGAAGCCGUGUGGGGUCCUCUGCCCAUCAACCACGAACACCUGCGGCCCAUCGGCCCCGUCCCGGCCGUACCCUCACCCGACCAAGACACAGAGUACCGAUGGGGCGUCGGCGAGGAUGCAGAUUACAUCGGCUUCCUCCCCAUCUUCCACCCCAUCGGCACGGAAUGGGUCAUCCGCAACGAAGUCUACGGCUACCUAGGAGAAAACACGCCGCGGCGCGCGUCGCUAAUCACGCACUCGCGCUUAUCCAGACGCCUGCUCCUCGCGAUGGAUCGGGAGAAUAUGUUCGGCCGACACAUGUCCUCGGAACUAUUCCCCGUCUCCACAGCGUUGCUGCAUGGUUUUAAAGCUGUCGCGGCACCGCAUCCCAUCUACUCUGAUAAAGAUUUACCGACCAAUCGUACGGAUCGGUGGUUUAACCCGGGCGUCAAUGGGCGGGCAGGUAGUUCUAAGGAUAGCCCCUUUGGGUGGAAGAGGGAGGCGAGGUUUCUGGAUGUGUCAUGGUAUUAUCGGGCGAAUUUGGCGGGGAGGUUGUAUUGGAAUUUCUUGGGGUGGAGCAAGGGUCGGACGGGGGGUCGAUUUUACGAAUUCCGACACGGACGCCAUAUACUUCCGUCCAUACUUUUCCAUCCCGUCAAAGACGUUUACGCAGAUGCGAACAGUAUGGGAUAUGACUUUGAUUUCCAGCAUUGAGCCCGGGGCUUUUAGUUGGUGUUUAUGAUGACGUUUCCGAAGUCAAGGGAAGUUAUAUUUCCCUCCCCAAUUUUAUUCCUGGUCUGGUGGUGUGAGAAGAGUACGGGUGACCCGGUUUGAGAUGGGAUUUGUAUAUCUUUUUAUUAACACUUCUUUGUUUUUAUUUUCCGUUCAUUGUAUAUAUUCCCUUUCUGUUUUUUUUUCCCCGCUCCCUUUUAAUUCUGCAUCCCGUCAACCAUCAUUCUCCGCCCCCCCGACCCAAAAUACUGCUUCCCGUUACUGCCUACGGUCCAGUCCGCUUUAUGUCCGUUUUCAAUUUACAUGUUUAAAUUCCUGUGAGUAUAGAUUAGAGGGAACAGGGUGUUGUUGCUUUACUUUUUUCUUUUUCUUUUUCUUUUUCUUUUUCUUUGCUUUUUUCUUAUUCGUUUAAUGUUGCCUAGUUCUUACUUCUUCUACCCCAUUUGUCCGUUGAUAUUUUAAAUGUGUUUACUUACAUAGUACAUGCUACUUGCGACGACCUCAUCUGGUGAUUUUGAUUUUUUAUACAUUGUGCAUAUGGAAUACAGACGGAGUUCUCACUGAUAUACCUCUUCCUCUCGUCUUUUUGUCCCUAUUUUCUCUGCUUCUUUUUUCCGUUAGAAUAUCUUAUUAGUUAAUCGGAGAAGAAGGAAGACAGGCAUAAUUUUUUUCUUCCCCGUUUUGUUCCUUGUCCAUUAUUUUACGCAUAUAUAUCUGUUAUGGAACAUAAUUUCAACUGGGAACACUUUGUAUGACA